AUGUGUCCAGAUAAUAUAUGCUCAGCUAGUGGACGUAGUAAGCCAUGUAUAUGUCAUUGGCACAUAUCUCAACAAAAUUCUAUGGAGACAAUUAUACCAUAUUCUGUUGUUAAAUUUACUAAUGUCAAUUAUGUUAAUGAAUAUCUUCUAUCUUUUUGUCAGUCCAACAAGGACAGUCAAUCAUUGGGAAGUAAUGCAUGUACAAUUAUUGCUGUCUUAGUUGCUAUUAACUUCCUUUCUGAUACUGCAUGGUUUUCACAACACCACCUCCUCUCAACAUUGGAUUCCAGUUUCCUUGCCUACAGCUACCAACUGUUCACUGAGGGAAACCAGAUGUACGAGAGCCUUGAUGAGGAACAAAUUAAUUAUUGUGCACCUGAAAUUCUUGAGCAUCCAGAACUUGGCUUGAUAGACAAUGCUGAAAGAGGAGAAGAAUAUCAGUUCAACAAUUUUGCAGACUUUUUGUUAGAAUUACAAAUGUUAUCUACAAAAAGAAUUAAAUUAGCUUUUGUACUUAUUUUUCAUCCUGAUAAAUCAAUGUCACUAUUAAUUAAUGAACUUGGUGAAAGUAUGUUAAUAGAUAGUCACUCACAUUUAGAUACUGGUGCUAUUAUUGCUACCGCUUCAGAAAAUAAACUACACUUAGCUGUAUGGUCAAUUAUAUUCAAGAAAUGA